UUUCUCGCGGGAGGCGAAGGAAGCCACAAGAAAUGUUCGUGGCUGAGAUUUCCUCCCCGCGUCGAGAAAGCUGAGGCCGCCUCCGCCUCCGCCUCCGCCCGCUUCUCCCUUCUCCGGCUCGACGUUGCCGUCCAGCUCCUCUCCUCUUCGAUUUGAAGAGCAAUAGCAUCUCCCUCCUCUCCGAUCCCUUCUUCCUCUGCUCCUGACAGAUCUCGCCUCCGAUUCAGCUCUGAGAUGUACAAGAGGCAGUAGGAAGAUGAGUCGCUGGCGCUUGUGAUGCCUCCCUCUGGUCGCGUAAGGCGGAUUCGAGUCUCUUUAGGGUUUCGGUCUUCGAUCUUUCAGACUCCAGCGGGUUAUGAGGUACUUCGUGCACCGAAUUGAGCGCCUGGUUGGAGAUGUGGAGGGGGGUUUUGUGCUGUUCGUCGACGACUUGAAGUCUAGCUGAUCCGCGUCUAGUUGAACUUGAACUUGAGAUUAGGGCGAUGGAAGGGAAUUCUUCCGGAGACGAGAUGGUUGUCGUGAAGACGAGGAAGCCUUAUACCAUUACCAAGCAAAGGGAGAAGUGGACCGAGGAGGAGCACAACCGCUUUCUCGAAGCUCUGAAGCUGUACGGGAGGGCUUGGCAGCGCAUCGAAGACCAUAUUGGUACAAAGACAGCUGUUCAGAUUAGAAGCCAUGCACAAAAGUUCUUCACCAAGCUUGAAAAGGAAGCUCUUGAGAAAGGUAUUCCCGUAGGACAAUCUCAUGACAUCGAUAUCCCUCCUCCGAGACCUAAAAGGAAGCCAAGCAGUCCAUAUCCACGAAAGUCGAGCACAUGCUGUCUCACUCCUGGUGAAACAAUAAAUGGGAAAUCAUCAAGAUCAAUGUCACUCCUUGGCGCAAAUAAAGUAGUGGACAUCAAAAGUGGUGCACCACAAGAGAAAUUCACAGCAACACAGAAGUUGCAGAAUGAAGAGAUCUCAGAACCUAGUCAGUCAGAAGUUCUUAAUGUCUUUCAAGAUGCUUUAUCUACUUCCAUCUCUUCUGGAAACAAGAGCUCUUCGAACCAUAGCAAAUACAUGGAAAUCCUUCCCACAGAUGAGAAAGUGGAUGAUAAGAUUGCAAGCAGCAAAUCCUCAGCACCUCAUGAAGUGGACAAGGAGCUAAAGAAAAAUGGCAAAGCUUUUAUUGGACAGGAAACAGAGGGAGUCCAAGGAAACUGUACAAAGCCGCAUAUCAAUUUGGCUCUAGACAAGGGUGAAAGCGCAUCAAAGCUUCACGGUUUAACAUCAAAGGAUUCUGUAAAAGGUGAUCAAACCCAACCAAGGCAUACAAUGGGCAGAAAUGGUGCAAGAAACAUGCACACUGAAGAUUCAGAUGGUCAGAACCCUACUUCAGUAACUGGCCAAGUCGAAGGGCACGCAAAUGAUAUCUCAUCCAUGAACCCUGAAGCAUCUGCUAUACCAGUCCAGAACAUAUCAAGAGUUAAUUCUAUGCAUCACCCAUUUCCAGCCUUCGCACCUUUUACCCACUUCCAUAGCAGUCAAGAUGCUUAUAGGUCAUUCCUAAACAUCUCAUCCACAUUUUCAAGUUUUAUUCUUUCUACAUUAUUACAGAAUCCAGCGGUUCAUGCCGCAGCAAGACUAGCAGCAUCUUCCUGUCCAUCCGCAGAGGUGGAGGCCUCCCUUCAGUCAACCCCUGUAUUCAUGGCUGGAGAAAGGCAUAUAAAUCCAGCUCCAGGCCUAGAGGCAAUUGCUGCUGUCACAGUUGCAGCUGCUGCUGCAUGGUGGAAAGCUCAUGGCCUCUUACCUUGGUUCCCUCCUGCUGCUUUUGCGUUUUCUCCUCCGAACACAACCACCAUUCCAUCAGCUGACACAGCCCAACUUCAUAGUCAUGGUUGCACCCUCGAGAAACCUUUGGCAGAAGACCAGCAAAUUGGAAAACAAAAUCUUUAUGAGGAUCUAAAACCUCCUCGUCACUCUUCUAAGUCGUUGUCACUGUCAUUAUCAUCAUCAGACUCCCAUGACAGUGGAAGAGGUAAGAACUCAAGUGAGCUUGAAGACAGUACGUCCAACAAGUUCAAACCAUUAGUAGCCAGUGGAUUUGAUGAUUCAGAUAACCCAAGGAAUAAGAAGAAACAGGAUCGUUCCUCUUGUGGAUCAAACACGCCAUCCAGCAGCGAAGUAGAAACAGACAAUGCAGGGAAACAUGAGAAAGUAAACGAUGAGGCUAAAGAAGCUUAUUUCAACAAUUCUGCAGCUUGUGAGACCAAUCAAUGCAGGUUCAGAAGUAGUGGACACAUGAACGAAUCAUGGAAGGCAGUCUCCGAAGAUGGUCGGCUUGCCUUCCAACAACUCUUCAAAAGAGAAGUAUUGCCACAAAGCUUUCCUCCUCCACUUGACAUAGCUGCAGCAACUACAAUCAAGAAAGGGGAAACUAGCAAAUUACUGGUUGAUCUUAACAAGAAUAUAUGCUCGGCGACUGAUUUCAAUCAUCUUCAUGGUCACACAAAGGAAGAAGUAUGUAUAAGAAGCAAAGACAGAAUAACACAUGGAAAGCUCAAGUUCCAUCAAACAGGAUUUAAGCCAUACAAAAGGUGUUCGGUUGAAGCCAAGGAGCACAGAGCAGCAGCAGAGGAAAAUAAUGGCAAGAAGAAGAUGCGUCUGCAAGGGGAAGCCUCGACCUGACCUGAUGGCAUCCGUACGAAUAGCGUGUGCUUGAUGUUAUUUCCCUUGGCAUCUACAAUUCAUUUCAGAACUACAUGAGACUUCGCCUACAAUCAAAACUUUCCAACUUAAAUCGAUCAACUAGCCUCUUUGUGUAAGGUAAACUUGAUUACAAGCUCAUGUUAUCGGUUAGACCAAUCUGUGACACUCUCUGUAUAGGGUCUGAGUGCAUUAACUUCUUGGUCAUGUCAUCAUGGAAUACUACUUGAUGAUUUUUGACGGAUUAUCAAACCCACAUGUAUUCUCAGUGAAAGAUCACUACUUUUAUCCAGGAGACAACAUUUCAGCUUAAAA